CUACAGUAGGCUGACGGCCUUGUCUUCACCCGUUGACAGUACGCAUGUAGCUGUAGUCUACUGUGUUUUCGCGCCACAGUUGUACCGUUAAUUUGCAUUACAAUAAUUAUCGCCAUUAUUUCUACUUUGUGACACUUCCUCUUACUAACCGAGUCCGUCUUUUCUGAUUAUUCUGAAGAGGAUAAACCGGAUGAAGAAGGCUUGUAUAGACAGAGAUGUGUUUACACUGGAGAAGGAUACAGGACAAGGAGAGGUUUUACUGAGGAUGCUUUUUCCUAGUCCCAUGCAAACCACACUGGCUUCCUAGAGGAAACUUCCUACUAGAAGAUGAUGGUCCAUCUCAUCCUGAUGCUGGGGAGGAUACCAUGAGUUGUACGGAAGCCAAACCAGUACAAACAUAGCAGAUCAUUCAUAUGCAAAAUGGCUACAAAGGCAAUGUGCAAACAGGAUGUGAGGCCUUGCUGCAGUGGUAAGAGGAACAUUCUACCAGCAUAUAAGAAUUCUCUGACAGGCAAGAAAGUUACAUGGCCCAAAUCAGUAGUGACCUACACUGGCAAGACUCUUUCUCUGCAAGUUGUUAACCAGAGGAAUCACUUCGGAGAGAAUUUACUCCAUAAGGCUGUGCUACAGGGAGAUAUCCAGAUGCUAAAAGACAUCCUGAAGCUGGGGCCAGAUGUCAACAUGACUGAUAAUGCAGGAUGGACGGCCCUUCAUGAAGCCGUACUCUGUGAUCAGUAUGAGGCCACUUUGUAUUUGAUUAACGCUGGAGCUCUGGUCAAUGUUGCAGCACAUAAUGGAGUCACACCUCUACAUGAUGCCAUCAGAGAUGGCCAUAAAAGGAUUGCUGAGCUACUCCUGAAACACGGUGCAAACCCACUGCUGAAAGCCAGCGAUGGAGAAACAGCAUUUGGCAUUAAUACAGAGCCUUCUCUACGAGUACUAAUGGAGAAAAACAUUCCUAAAGACAGCCCCUCUGCUGCAUCUGGAAACAGAAGAGAAGAACUAUCAGUAUCAGGAACACAGCUUGCGUACGACGCUAGACGAUCACAGGCCGGUUCAUCCCAAAGCCUGGGCAGCACUGCAAAGAGGGACAAGUAUCAAGCAGGGAGGAGGGAAGACUCAAACAGUUGUACAGUGACAUACAAAGAAAGAGUUGUACCUGUGAAAAAUGUCCACAGGAAAAAUUGUUUUGGAGAGACUUUGCUGCACAAGGCUGCCAAAGAGGGAAACAUUCAAACAGUGCGCCAGUUUCUGGAGCUGGGGGCUGAUGUCAACAUGGCAGACAAUGCAGGAUGGACCCCUCUUCAUGAAGCAGCACUUUGUGGUCACUAUGAUGUCAUUUUGGACCUGAUAAAGGCUGGAGCUCAGGUCAAUGCUACAGCAUGUAACGGAGACACACCACUACAUGAUGCCAUUGCAAAUGGCCACAUGAAGAUUGUCAGCGCGCUGCUCAGACACGGUGCAAACCCAAAGCUAAACGAUAAGGGAGGACAGAUGGCCUUGACAACUGCUGCAGAGCCCUUCCCACAGAGACCAGUGGAAGAAAACAUGACCCAAAACAAAAGAAAGGAUCUCCCAGCUCUGACAUACCAAGAGAAAACUCAUGAUGACGCACAGCUUGACACAGAAGAAGACGUCUUCUUAAACCAACAGAAGGCCAAAGAGUGUAAGUUGAACACAGAACUUCAAUCAGAUGACACCGACAUGGGUCAGACCAGCGCCCAAUCACAGACAGCUGCUGUGGAUAUGCAAGAGAACCAGAAGAAAUCAAGUACAUCACCUAAUGUGAAGGCCAACUCUCCUCCCCCUCCCCUCCCUCUGACGUCAUCACCUCUACAACGCAGCACCCCCUGUUGUAUUCCUGCUCCUCCAAAAACUCAGUUGUGUUCAACACCAUUGUAUGCCAGCUUGUUUGAGGGUGGUACAGAAGAGGAAGACAAUGAAAGCGACCAAACUGUGGAUUACCUUGAUGGUAGUUCAGAUGAGUCAGUGGACUGGGCUGUUAAAGCCACACAGAACUUUAACCUUUCCUCAGGUAGCUUGGGAGCACAUGUUGAAGAUACCUAUAUGUAUACCUUUCCCACUGAAAUGGUAUAAAACACCAUUGUGUCCAAAUGAAUGAUUGUGGUAGAAUUUUUUGUUCACAGAUUCAUUAGCCAGUCAGCCUUGCAGUAAUUGUGUGCCGAGUAUAGCCAGGGAUGAAAACUGUUUGAGAAGCAAUGUAAUACUUUGAAGUUGAAGGCAUUUAAGAUCUGUGCUGUUUUUAAUAUUCAUUGUAUAUGUUGGCAUUUGGUACUUUUGGUUUUCUGUAGGACUGAUUGAUUGUUUGAUGUUCAAUAGUAUACUACUGAAACUCUUCACUUUACUCAAUAGUUCAAAUUUUCAAGUAAUUCAAACAGUUGUUAUUGUUAUGAAUUUGGAUUCAUGAAUUUUGAUGUACGAAAUUAUUGUAGUAUAUAAACUCAGUUGGUUUGAAAUUAAAUUACCACUCACUGUGAAAAAAAAUAUUAAAGUAUUUUUGGACUGUG